AUGGAGAAGGCAUAUUAUGCUGAAUUUGGUGAUGUUAUCUUGUUUGAUGCGACUUUCCGAACAAACAAGUAUCGAAUGGUUUUUGUUCCGUUUACUGCUAUUGACCAUCAUAAAAAAUCGGUUACUGUUGGAUCUGGGUUGCUAAGUAAUGAAAGCAUUGAGUCUUACUCUUGGUUGCUUAAAGCAUUUCUUAAAACUCAUGGUAAAGAACCAACACUUGUUUUAACCGAUCAAGAUGCUGCAAUAAAACAAGCUGUUGAGAAUAUAUCAGAUGAUUUAUUUACAAACACAGACUUUAGAAAAAGGUUUUCGAAGUUUGUUUGGGACAUUAAUAUCAAACCUGAUGUUUUUGAGGUGAAGUGGGGUUUGCUUAUGAAGGAAUUCAAUCUUGAAGACACAAGAUGGUUUAAAGACAUGUUUACAAUACGUGAUUCAUGGAUACCUGGAUAUUUUAGUGAUAUUCCAAUGUGUGGUUUGAUGAAGACUACAUCGAGGUCAGAGAGUAUGAAUUCAUUCUUUAAUACAUAUUCAGAAAGUGGGAACUUACUUUUGAAUUUCAUGAUGAAUUACGACACUGCCAUUCAAAAGCAAAGGAAUACUCAACGAGAGCUUGAUAGGGCAUCAAAGAAAGCAUCGUAUAAAAUGCAAGCAUCAAAGGUUGAAAUAAAAGCUGAAGAGAAAGAAAUAAAUUGCAGUUGUGAACAUUUUAAGUGUAUGGGUGUUUUAUGCAAACAUGCUUUUACAAUAAUGAUGAGAUGUGGUGUUAAAGAAAUUCCUAAAAGGUACAUUUUGAAGAGAUGGAGAAAGGAUGUGAUAUCAAGAAAUUAUCGUUUUAGUUCUGUUCAAUCCGAUUCAGGUGAUUGUGAGAAUGUAAGGCUAGUCAAUGAUUCAUAUUAUAGUUUUGAAUCAUGUUUGGAUAUUGUAAGAGAUGACAAAAAGAGAUUGGCUUUGUUUGCUGAGAAACAACAAAUGUUGUUGAAGGAAUUUGAGAGUGAUUAUAUUUCUCCUGGAUUGAAAAGCAAGACAGAUAGUGAAGUCGUAUGCAAGCUUUUGGGUGUUACUAUUCCUAUUCCAGAAGAGAUUAAUAUUCAUGUUCCUGAAGUUCAAAGCAAUAAAGGUUCUGGAAUCAAGAAAAGAAUUCCAAGUGCAGGUGAAGUAGCAUAUGAAAAUUCUAAAAAAGAACAUAGAAUGUGUUCAGGAUGUGGAAAGCGAGUUCCACACAAUUUACGUACUUGUUCAGAAAGAGUUGGAGCUGCUAAAUCAACAAAAGACAGUUAG